UCUGAGUAUGAAAAGAAGCGAGAAAAAUUAAAAGAUACAAAAAAACCCAUAAGUCAGAGGGAAAAAAGACUAAGCAGAAGGAAAUUGACGAAAAAGAGAUUAACUCUAAAAUAUCUGAGGCAGAAGCCUUAGACCUGUGCACUAUUGACGCAGAGUCUCUUGCUGAGCAGCUGACGCUAACAGAGAUAAGAAUUUUAAUUGACAUAACUCCCGUUGAAAUUCUUAAAUUCAACUAUGAGAAUGAGGAAGAAGUCUCCCCCACCUUGGCAGGGUACAUAAAGUUUACAAAUGGCCUCUCCUCCUAUGUUACAUCAAGCAUAUUUGAGUGCGAAGAGCCUCAGACGAAGUCUUCCUCUGAAAAAAGACAGUUUCACGCGCAGAGCGAAGUUGAGGCUGCACAGAACCACUGGAAAAGUGUGAUGGAAAAAUUAUUAGACAAAAACAACAGAAACAGCCUAACUUCGAUUUACAAUGGAAUAAUGAAGACUAACCCACCAAGAAUACUAAAAGAGCAAAUAUUUGAUUUGCUUACAAAAGCCACAGAAGAAAUCUCCCAGGAAACAGAGAAAGAGCUGCAAUCAGUCAAUACGCAGUACAUAAGAGACGUAAAAACAAUAGAAAAGCACUUAAUUGACGCUAGUUACAGCAAAAACGAUAAAGACACUCCGGCCAAGUUUAGAAGGAUAAUUGAAUACUUAAACUAUAUAAGGGCACAGCCACCAAAAGAUGUUGAUGAGAAAAUAAACCAUGCUAUAAUACAUAAAUUCAGAAACAUGAAAGAUAUCCGAAUGGCCACCGGGAAAGACGGCUCUGUGCUAUAUUCUGGGUGUUUUCUGUUUUUGGAACAUUCUCAUUUUAUUUCAUUAGAAUGA